AUUCCAGCGGUUACCGAGAACAGGACUUUGGGAAAAUUGCUGCGCGGUUCAGUACGAUAAUAUCUACAACGGCGAAAUUGUGGGCCUGUGUUCCGGAAUUAUACCGGAUCCAUAGAAAACAGAACCUGUGUGUGGUGCCAGGAACAGUAACAACCGUAUUUAAGUGAAGUGUCGCGAUUUGCUCUUGCAGUUGACUUGUGUUUUUUGUGACUUUAAGUUGUGUUAACAAGACCCACCUCCCACCUCCCCAAAGAAAAAUGGCUGGAACCCUGCCCGCUCUCAACGAGGAGCCCGCUUUCAAAAAGCUUCAGGAGUACUACAAUGCUAAUCACAAGCAAAUUAUUAUCAAAGAUUUGUUUGUGAAAGAUCCAAAGCGGUUUUCCAAGUACAGCCUACGUCUGAGUACCCCAAAUGAUGGCGAGAUACUGCUGGACUACUCCAAGAACCGUGUCAACGAUGAGGUGUGGCCCUUGCUCAUCGAGUUGGCCAAGUCGCGGCGAGUGGAGCAAGCACGCGAUGCAAUGUUCAGUGGCCAGCACAUCAACAUCACCGAGAAUCGUGCCGUCCUCCAUGUCGCGUUGCGCAAUCGGGGCGCAGACCCGGUGCUGGUGGAUAACAAGGAUGUGAUGCCAGAUGUGCGCGCCGAGCUGCAGCACAUGAAGGAGUUCACCAACAAGGUCAUCUCUGGAGUGUGGCGUGGAAGCACUGGCAAACAGAUCACCGAUGUGGUUAACAUUGGAAUCGGUGGCUCCGACCUGGGACCCCUGAUGGUCACCGAGGCGCUGAAACCCUACGGCAAGGGCUUGUACUCCCAUUUCGUGUCCAACAUCGACGGCACCCACAUGGCAGAGGUCCUGAAGAAGGUCAACUACGAGACAACAUUGUUCAUUAUCGCGUCGAAGACCUUCACCACUCAGGAGACCAUCACCAAUGCCACAUCGGCCAAGACCUGGCUGUUGGAGCAUACCAAGGAUGCGGAUGCCGUUGCCAAGCAUUUCGUGGCUCUGUCGACCAACAAGGAGAAGGUCACUGCCUUCGGCAUCGAUAGCGCAAAUAUGUUCGGCUUCUGGGAUUGGGUGGGAGGACGCUACUCGCUCUGGUCGGCAAUUGGACUUUCCAUUUGCUUGUCCAUUGGCUUCGAGAACUUCGAGCAGCUCUUGGAUGGUGCCCAUUACAUGGACAAUCACUUCAAGUCGACGCCACUGGACAAAAAUGCACCCGUUAUUCUGGCUCUGCUCGGCAUUUGGUACUCGAACUUCUACAAUGCUGAAACACACGCCCUGCUGCCAUACGAUCAGUACUUGCACCGCUUUGCCGCCUAUUUCCAGCAGGGCGACAUGGAGAGCAACGGAAAGUUCGUUAGCAAGUCGGGCAAGCCAGUUCAGUAUAGCACUGGUCCGAUUGUGUGGGGCGAGCCAGGCACCAACGGCCAGCACGCCUUUUACCAGCUUAUCCAUCAGGGCACUCGCCUGAUCCCAUGCGACUUCAUUGCCCCCGCCCAGACGCACAAUCCCAUUGCCGGCGGCAAGCACCACAAAAUUCUACUCUCAAAUUUCCUAGCCCAAACGGAGGCACUGAUGGCCGGCAAGACGGCCGAUGAGGCCAAGCAGGAGCUAACCAAGGCCGGAUUGUGCGGCAACGAGCUGGAAAACUUGCUGCCGCACAAGGUGUUCGCUGGCAAUCGACCCACCAACUCAAUUGUCGUGAAGAAAGUGUCACCAUUUACUCUGGGCGCAUUGAUUGCACUCUACGAGCACAAAAUCUUUGUGCAAGGCAUCAUUUGGGACAUCAAUUCGUUCGAUCAGUGGGGCGUUGAAUUGGGCAAGCAGCUGGCCAAGGCCAUCGAGCCGGAGCUCGACACUUGCGCCGAGGUCUCCUCUCACGACAGUUCCACCAACGGACUAAUUAAUUUCCUCAAAGCAAACUGGAAGUAAAUUUGUUCGUCCAUUUGCUGACAAUUAAAAUGAAAUGAAACCACACACACAAACACACCACACACAAACACACACCUAUUAGUAGUUACUGAGCUGUUAUUGGAUGAGCUUCUACUUAUGUAUACUCAAACUACCUACGGAAAAGAAAGCGAAACUCUGUUCUCGGCACUAUAUUCUACCAUAUUAUUAUAGAUUGAUGGAAAAUGGAAAUGAAAUGUUUACGUUUGCUUGCUAA